CGGCUCUCUUUCCUUCUGUUUGGUUUGACAACUGCCACCCAAUACCAGAGAGGCACCCAUAAUACCUUAUUAUUAGCUCCGCUCUUUCGAUUCCUAUUAUUAUUAUUAUUAUUAAAAAAAAACUAUUUUUAGUUCAUUUUUCAUAUAUUUAUUUAUUAUUUUGGGGAAUGAUCUUUUGAGAGUUUAGAGAGAGAGAGAGAGAGUGUGUCUGUAGAAGACGAAGGAGAAGAGAGAGAUAGAGAUUGAAGCUUUAGAGGAGGAGGUUUCGUUUCGGAGAUCGGAGAAGUUUGAUCUGAGUUGUGAGAUCUGAGAAUCGUUUUUUUUUUCCGUUUUCUUAUUCGGGUUUUGGCUUUGAGAGUGAUCUGGUGGUGUUUGAUCGGUGAAAUUUUAAUUGAAAGCGAGAAUGUGGUGGAUGAUGGGUGAAGGUGGAGGACAUUACUGCUCUAAGAAGACUGAUGAUAUCUGUGCUGAUGUUUGUGGCCAGGAAUCAAGCAAAGUGUUGAGCAUGUCAAGAGUUCGCUGCAUUCUCCGUGGUUUGGAUGUGAAAACUCUUAUCUUUCUCUUUGCCCUUAUCCCAACUUGCAUCUUUUUCAUCUAUGUUCACGGACAGAAGAUCUCAUACUUCUUGCGGCCACUGUGGGAAUCACCGCCUAAACCUUUUCAUGAUAUGCCGCACUAUUAUCAUGAGAAUGUGUCAAUGGAACAUCUUUGUAAACUUCAUGGUUGGGGAGUGAGGGAGUACCCGAGGCGUGUUUAUGAUGCUGUGUUAUUUAGUAAUGAGCUUGACAUCCUGACCAUUCGCUGGAAAGAGUUGUAUCCCUAUAUCACUCAGUUUGUUCUCCUCGAGUCAAAUUCAACGUUUACUGGUUUUCCAAAGCCUCUGGUCUUUGCCAGUCAUCGUGAUCAGUUCAAAUUUGUUGAGCCAAGGCUGACCUAUGGCACUGUUGGAGGACGGUUCAAGAGAAAAGAAAAUCCAUUUGUUGAAGAAGCUUAUCAACGAGUGGCACUGGAUCAACUUCUCAGAAUAGCAGGUAUUUCAGAUGAUGACUUGCUGAUAAUGUCUGAUGUUGAUGAGAUUCCGAGCAAGCACACUAUUAAUCUGCUGAGAUGGUGUGAUGAUAUACCUCAAGUCCUUCAUCUUCGGCUGAAGAAUUAUCUUUAUUCGUUCGAGUUCCUUCUGGAUAAUAACAGUUGGAGAGCUUCGGUGCAUAGGUAUCAAACUGGAAAGACAAGGUAUGCCCAUUACCGUCAGACAGACGAUAUUUUAGCAGAUGCAGGGUGGCAUUGUAGCUUUUGCUUCCGUCAUAUUAGCGAGUUCAUAUUUAAGAUGAAAGCAUACAGCCAUUUUGAUAGAGUUCGAUUUACCCAUUUUUUACAUCCCGAGAGAGUUCAGAAUGUAAUCUGCAAGGGGGCUGAUCUGUUUGAUAUGCUACCAGAAGAGUACACCUUCAAGGAUAUCAUUGGGAAAAUGGGACCUAUUCCUCAUUCCUUCUCAGCUGUUCAUCUUCCAGCAUAUCUAUUGGAGAAUGCAGAAAAGUAUAAAUUCCUUUUGCCUGGGAAUUGCAUGAGAGAGAGUGGCUGAUCCUUCUUCUAGUCGUAGAGUUUUGUUGAUGUCUGUUUCUGUAAAGGUUAGUUCAACUUGCAGCGGCUUGUGUGACUCUUCAUGAAGGUUUCACCUGACAAUCGAUGACUGGUGCGUCACUGACACGGCUCUGCCAAUCGAUUUGUUCAGCAAAAUUUAUUAUCAUUCUUUGGGAAAUGUUUUGGGGAUAGAACAAAUUCAUGAGUUCUUAGGGUGCGGUUGUUGUUGUACAUAAUUUUUUUAAGGAGUUGUAUCUUAACUUAUUGUGUGAAAUGUCUGCUCCCGGAGUCUUGGGUAGAUUAUAGUGCUAGGGUGUUUACUUUAGCUCUGCGUUGGCAUGAUUCCCAUUAUAUGUAUACCCACAAAAGAGCAUGACUAUUCACUAUGCUGCUUCCCUUUGUUGGGAAAUUUUGUAUCAGACAAAUUUAUCCAUAUAUAUAUUCCUUUGGUUAUUUGUUA